AUGAUAACACUUAUUCAUUACACUAUUCCUAAGCUUCAGAACCAAUAUCUCAAUGAUAAUAGGAUAUUUCAACAUGACAGAGCCUCAAUUCACAGAGGCAAAAUAGUUAAUAGUCUGAGGUUGAAGCAAAGCUUCAAAAACAUUGCUGAAGAUUUGGAAACUUUAAUAAGCUUGAGAGGAUGGUUAAAGAAGAAUGAGAGGCAUUAUCUUCAAGUUAUUAUAGAUGUUUUGUUGAAAGUGAGAUAG